CCGGGAGUAGUCGCGCCUCUGCGGGCUUCAGCUCAGCGGAGCUCCGCUCGGACAGAACCAGGACAAAAGGGGAAUCAGACACAGCGGGAAUUCAGCGUCCUCAGGCGGGCGAAGGAGACUCGGAACCCCGCGGCUGGAGGACUGAAUGGAACUCGUGCAGAGCUGACAGAGCUGUGAUCAGGACGCCCAGUUCAACUGCUUCUAACCAGGGAACAGGUGCUCUUGUUGGGUUCACGAAAACAUCUGCGACCCACUGGAAAGAAAGAGAAGAAAAAACAUCUGUGAAACACAUCAAGGCAGAACUAUCACCAGGCGGCUUGUGGUUUACGGGUUUGAGGAAGGGGCCAGGAGACUUCUCCAUGCCCACAGGCCUCCACUGUCCACAGGAAAGAUGAUCAGGAGCACUGUGUUUUGGCCUAUAAUUAGGCCACAGCGUCCUGUGCUGAGGAAUGGAUAGCCUCGUCGCUAUGGCUAACAAUUACCUCCUUAACCAUGGGGCUCCGGUAAAGGACUGGCACGGACAUUAUUUUUUUCUUUGGCCUUAAAUCAGCAGAAUCAGCAUUUGGAGUAGCCCUUUGUUACUGUAAGUCUCCACAAGAGAACCUUUCCUAGCUGUUUGCCUUGGUUUGGGACCGAAAAGAGUUUUUUUUAACGUUUGCAGUUUUUUAUCAGCUGAUUUUACUGUUAUCAAGAGGCAUAAUUUCUGUUAUAUGAAGACACCUAUACAUUUCUAAGAGAACAUGGCAGCGACCUAUCGCAUCGUGGUCAGCAGCAUAAACUGUUACAACAGUGUGGUGAUCGACCGGCGCGUUCAGCACACGGUGCAUUACUGUAAUGGACCUUGCGGGGCACUGAAACAUGGGUUUAACUGCAUGGUGGCUCAUCGCAGCACCUGUGCUGAGCUUCUGGAUGUACCUGUUUCCCGUCCUUAUACGGACCGGCCUAUGAGCCUCCACGAGUCUGCCUCUAAAACUGUGGAGAAUGGCAGCUCUGGUCAUUUCUGUGAGGAUUAUCACCAGGCCAUCCCUAGGAUCAAGAAAGGAUCGACCAUCCAAAGCUCGACAAGCCUGAAGGACAUCACAGGUGAGGCUAUCAACUUAGCUAGUGGGAAGACCAAAGAGUUUUCCUUUGAGAAGAUCAAGUACUCCUCCAGCCACGUGACCUUCAGAAAGGGCCGAAAGGUUAGGCCCGAUUCAUUCAGCCGAAGGUCCACUGACCUUGACAUUAUCUAUGGCCACUUUGCAGGCAACGAUGAGAAUUGUCCUCCUUUUGGCCUUUUGCAGAAGUCCGUGGCAGAAGAGCAGAAGCUUAGCCGCAGUGCCUCUCUAGAGCAAAACCUGAACAGCAGUACGGCCACGCUUUACCUCAACAGCCUCAGCGAGGAGAACCUUAUCGCACGAAUACUGGAGAAGACCAAGGCGGACAGCAGCACCUCAGGGGAAGACAUAAAAGCCUGCCUGGACAUCCUGCUGAAGUGCUCAGAGGACUUGAAAAAGUGCACAGACAUCAUAAAGCAGUGCAUCAAGAGGAAGUCCAUGGGUGGAGAUGGAAACGAGGAUUCCGGCAACCCUGAAGCCAUCUAUAAGAAUGUGAUGGCACGACUUUCCAGCUACCUCAAGAGGCUACCUCUGGAGCUGGAGCUGGGUCAAACUGGGAGGCAAGAACACAGUGAUUUGUCUGAACUGCUCAACAGCCUCCACGGACUUCAGCAAAGUCCGUUCUCGCCAAUUUUUGGCAACGAACAGCCACCGCGCUAUGAGGAUGUUGUCCAUUCCCCGCCAUUGACAAAACCACAGUCUAAAUCUGUAUCCUCACCUUCUCAGCCAGAGUCCCACGAAGGUUCCAGGGAUCUCACAGGGAACCUAAAACCUGUCCAGGGUCUUGUUGCAUCGCUAUCAUCCCAUGCAUCUGUUAAUGGCAGCAACCUACCUUCUGUUUCCAGUGCAUCCACUUUUCAUUCUGUCUCUACCAGCCGUCAUGAUCCCUUCUCUUCCACCAAUUCCCUGUUGUCCAGCAGCACCGACAGCAUCUGCAAAGACUCCAUGGAGGCUCUCUACAUCGAAGAGGAUGCAGAUGUGGGUCGGACUUUGGACAAGACAGUGAGAUAUGAGGGGAAGCAUGGCAGCUAUGGUAUUUCAGAUUCCAGGCAGCAUUCGAAAAGAGCCAGUGCCCUCUCAGACACAGGCACAAGCGUUACAGAUAAACUCACAGAUUUCAGUAGAAAUGGAACUGCUUACAAACCCAGAUCUGAGCCAGUUAUUAACCAGCCAUACAGCAUGGAUUCAAGAACGCUCUCAAAACCAGCACCUCAGAUCAGCAGGGAAGGGGAGGAUGAUAUUGACAAACUACUGAUGGACUUGGAGUGCCUCUCCCAGAACAUGCAAAAGGAACCUCCACUACCACCCAAGUUGAAGCGAAUGAAUGAAUCUGUUCACCAGGCAAACUCCUACCAAAACCAGCACCAGAUUGCUAGCUCAGGGACUCAGUGUCCAGCAGUGACCCAGAAUCUUCCUGGACUCUCAUACCCCAAGCCAGUGGACCGUGAGACUGGCAAGGCAGGUGAAGAGGAUGAUGGUGCUUUGCUGCUGCGGAUUCUGGAAAGCAUCGAGAGCUUUGCUCAGGAGCUGGUGGAGAGUGGUGCUGGAUUAGGGACUCAGUCCAAGGAGCGUGAAGUCAUGCGCCUGCUCCAGGACACUUUGGCCACCGCUAAACAGGAAACUUCUCCAGAACCUCUUCCUGAGCCUCCAGCGGAAAGCACACCUGUGCCUGCUAAUGCAUCUGCAGCACCUGCAGCUACACCUUCACCUGUGCCUGUUUCAGUGACCAGUCCAGUGCCCACAGGGAGAGACACGGGUUCGACUAUACUCAUCCAGCAGACGCCUGAAAUCAUCAGAAUCCAACCAGAGAAGAAACCCGGAAGUCCUCCUCCAGCACCAGCUCCAGCUCCGUCCACCCCGGUCCCCCGCUCCCCCUCCCCACCGCCAGCCAAAGUGGUGGUCACCCCUCCUCCUCCCUCCAUAAACAUUCCACGCUUCUACUUCCCAACAGGCCUUCCAAACUGCGCUGCCAACUAUGACGAGAUCAUUGCCAAAAUCGAGACAGCCUUCACUGAGUUCGAGGAGGAGAAGGCCGACAUUUACGAGAUGGGGAAGAUUGCGAAGGCAUGCGGGUGUCCGCUGUACUGGAAGGCCCCCAUGUUUAACUGUGCAGGAGGAGAGAGGACGGGCUUCGUCUCUGUCCACUCCUUUAUUGCAACCUGGAGGAAGUUGUUACACAGCUGCUAUGACGACGCAUCCAAGUUUGUUUACUUGCUGGCCAAGCCGGGCUGUAAUUACCUGGAACAGGAAGACUUCAUCCCUCUGUUACAGGACAUCGUGGACACUCACCCAGGGCUGACGUUUUUAAAGGACGCUCCAGAAUUCCAUUCCCGCUACAUCACCACCGUGAUCCAGCGGAUAUUCUACACAGUCAAUCGCUCCUGGACAGGCAGGAUCACCAUGACUGAGCUCAGGAGAAGCAACUUCCUACAGACUCUUGCCCUGCUGGAAGAGGAGGAUGACAUCAAUCAGAUCACAGACUACUUCUCCUAUGAGCACUUUUACGUUAUCUACUGUAAGUUCUGGGAGUUGGACACUGACCAUGACCUCUUCAUUGACCCCAAGGACCUGGCCAGGUACAACGACCAUGCGUUGUCCAGCAGGGUCAUCGAGAGGCUCUUCUCAGGAGCUGUGACCCGGGGAAACUCUGUGCAGAGAGAAGGAAGGAUGAGCUAUGCUGAGUUUGUGUGGUUUCUCAUCUCAGAAGAAGACAAGAAGAAUCCCACGAGUGUGGAGUACUGGUUCCGCUGCAUGGAUCUAGACGGUGAUGGGGUUCUCUCCAUGUAUGAGCUGGAGUUUUUUUAUGAAGAGCAGUGCGAGCGGAUGGAGGGAAUGGGGAUAGAGCCGCUGCCCUUCCAGGACCUGCUCUGUCAGAUGCUGGACCUCGUCAAACCAGAGUGCCAAGGUAAGAUCACUCUGCGUGACCUGAAACGCUGCAGGAUGGCUCACAUAUUCUUUGACACGUUCUUCAACCUGGAGAAGUACCUGGACCAUGAGCAGAGAGAUCCGUUUGCAGUGCAAAAGGAUUUGGAUGGAGAUGGUCCUGAACCCUCAGACUGGGAUAAAUACGCAGCAGAAGAGUACGAGAUCCUGGUGGCUGAAGAAACAGCCAGCGAGCAGCUACAGGAGGGGUCUUUUGAUGAUGAUUAUGAGUCUGAGGAGCUUUCGCUCCCUUCGGAGAUCGGAAAUAAAAUGGACAAACUGGUGAUUUCUGACCUUUCAGCGUGAUCGUCCAUCAGAAACACUCACCAACCUCAAAAAAAAGGAACUACACUUUUUUUCUA